GACAAUCGUAGUAAAUGGGCCAAUUAUUUGAAAAGUAGCAAAGACGUUCAAAAUAAAAGUUUCGUUUCCAAAUCCCUCUGCAAACCAAGUCAACUGGACGCCCAAUAAGUGGCGAAAUGGCUCAACUUUUGAAUCGAUUGAAACGCAGAACUGAUGACGAUUCAUCCAUCGAUUUCGGUCCUUCGCCGAAGCGUUCCAGGGACAAGCAUCUGAAUAAAGACAGUAGGAGCAGUUACACCAUUCCGCGUUUGAAGGACGACGAGACCAAGGGAUCUCUAAAAUCAGGGUACUUCCCGGAACUCGGACCCAAGGAAAAUCCCUACUACCUACAGAACCAGCUGCUCUUCAACUUGCAUGUCGAGCGGGAAAAGCGCAGGGAAAUAAAUAGUAAUUUCUUAAGAAGUAAUUACAUAAAUUUUUAAAUACAUAUGUAUUGUUUUUAAGUCACAUAAGGUAGACUUGACCAUGAAUUAAUUGUUAACCAUAUACCUUCUCGAACUCUUGUCUGUUAC